AUGGCUUCUUCUGGAGGUGAUCGCUUUGUGGUCGGAGUUGACUUUGGAACCACAUAUAGCGGUGUGGCCUUCACAUACAGUGGCAAUAUCGAGGCCGCUGAUGAGAUUGCCGUCGUCAAGGACUGGCCCGGAGCCAACAACGUCUCGUCAGAGAAGGUGCCGUCUGAACUUGCCUAUGUCCCUGCUUCAGACGCAGACGAAUUCGAGAUCAUCAAUCCCGACAGCUCUGACGCUUUCGAGAUCCGCUGGGGUCUAGAGCUUAAGCCCGACCAACCCAGACUGCGUUGCCUGAAACUCAGACUCGAUCCUCGUCAAGAACUCCCCCACUACGUCUCCAAACAGGACCUUGACGACCAACUCAAUACCUGCGGCAAGACCACCGAAGAUGCUAUCGCUGAUUAUCUCUCCGUCGUCUACUCUCAUGCUAAGGAAGUCAUGGUCAACCGCUUUGGCGAGCAGAUGAUGAGCUCGACGCCCCCCGAGAUCGUUGUGACUGUUCCCGCCAUCUGGAGUGAUGCCGCCAAGGAUGCCACGUUCAGAGUCGCAAAGAAGGCAGGCAUGGGCACGAACAUUCGCAUGAUCAGCGAGCCCGAAGCUGCUGCUAUCUACGCUUUCAAGUCAAUGGAGCAGGAGACCAAGGUGCUUGGUGUAGGCGACAGCUUCAUCGUCUGCGAUUGUGGCGGAGGCACCGUGGACCUCGCCGCGUUUUCUGUCCGUUCUCUUGCACCUCUGAGCCUUGAAGAAUCUGCCCCUGGCACUGGCGCUCUCUGUGGAGGCGUCUUUCUCAACCUCAGGUUCCAGGCUCUGGUCAAAUCUCGUAUGGGCGCGAUUGCCUUCAAGAAUCUCCUUGACAGCAAGCCCAAGGCUUGGGCCGUCGCUCUUCGUUAUUUCGAGGACUAUGUCAAGAAGAACUUCAAUCCUCUGAGUUCUCGCUCAAGAUACGACGACAGCAAAUUCAACGUCCCCCUCCCUGGCGUUGAAGACAACACCGCCGCUGGUAUCGAUUGUGGUUUCUUCAUUCUGUCAUCUUGUGAAGUGGCCGAGUUGUUCCGCCCGCUUGUUGACUCAGUUAUCGAACUUGUGGAGAGGCAGCGCAAUGUGCUCUUGGCCUGCGGCAAGACACCCAAGGGAGUCAUACUUGUUGGCGGCUUUGGUAACUCAGCAUAUUUGUUCAAAUGCUUGAAGUCCCGCUUCGCCCACGACGAUUCUCCGCCCUCGUACAAUCAGUCUAUCUCGAGAUUUUCACCCGAACCCGAGGUCAAGUUCGUAGUGCUGCAGCCUGCCAACGCUUGGACUGCCGUGGUCAGAGGUGCUGUGCUAUCCAGUAUCCAGGAAAAGGUUGUUCACACUCGCAAGGCUCGUCGUCACUACGGGGUCCGCCACCACAGUGUUUUCGACGAAUCCAAACACUCCAUCAAGAACAAGUUUUGGGAUGUGCUCGACGAGCGAUACAAGGCCGACAAUCAGAUUACCUGGUACACCAAGAGAGGUGACGACUUGCCUACCGAGGAACCCUUUCUUUUUGACUUCAGGAGAAAGUGGGCUCAUGAGGAUCCCAUCCCGGAGUAUGCCUCCAGCUCCAUCAUGGUCAGUGAUGAUGACUCAGCUCCACAAGAGUAUGAACGCUCGGCCACUUCCAAGACGCGCACCCUGUGCAGGCUGCAUGUCGAUCUCAGCGACGUUCCGCGUCAUCUCUUCAAGGAGCAUGUGAACAGCUUGGGCGUCCGCUACCGUACUCUGUCCUACAAGAUCGGAAUGACCGUUGAGAGCGGCUACAUUAUCUGGGAUCUCCGUGUCAAGGGCAUCGUCUAUGGCGAAGUCGAGGCAGAGUUCGAGUAA